UGCCACGUCAGUGCCACAUAUCACUGCCUUUCAGUGUCACCCAUCAGUGCCAGUCAGUGCCACCUAUCAAUGCCAAUCAGUGCCACCUAUCAGUGCCACCUGUCAGUGCUGCCUAUCAGUGCGCAUCAGUGCCGCCUAACAGUGCCUGUCAGUGCCAGUCAGUGCCGCCUAGCAGUGCCAGUCAGUGCGACCUAUUAGUGCCAGUCAGUGCCACCUAUCAGUGCCAAAUAUCAGUGCCAUAUAUCAGUGCUGCCUUUCAGUGCCAAUCAGUGAUGCCUGUCAAUACACAUCAGUG